AUGCGGGGCAACCGGCCUGGCGCUCCGUCCUCCUCUCCGCCGGGGGCAGGCGUUGACCUCGCCGCACGCCUUGCCGCUGGAGGGGGCGCGAGGGGUGCCGCGCUGGCCCCUGCCCGGGGCGGAUCUUCGGUAUGGAGCGGCUGGGCCGGGGGCGGAGGAGGGGACUCUGUGCGUAAAACACGGACCGGGAGUAGCGGCCGCGUCCCGGGAGUUUCCCAGCCGGCCGCCCGGGUGAGCUCGCCCCGCGGCAGCGGCCUGAGCCGCCGGACCGGGGUCCCGCCGCGGGACGAGCGGGCGGCGGCCCCCAGCGGAGCGCCGGGCUCGGCCUGCGCGGCCGGCGAAGUGCCGCAGAAGGCUCGGGGGGCUGUCGGCAGGAACGGCGAGUUUGAAUUCUACAAUUCUACAGUGGAACUGCUGUUGACAACAAUAAAACAGUAUGUGCUUUGCAAAUGCAGCUGCUUUCUGUUCCGGUGCCGCUCCGCUUACUUCCCCUCCUGCCAACUGCCACGGGUUGUCCUCUCUUUACCCCACCAAGGAACUUCCCCACGUGAAGGAGAUGCCGAAGGAAAAGUGCCACUCGUAGGUGGGCAGGGGAAAACCUCAGGGUGCAAAGAGAUGGCAGCUGCAAAGCCAGCACAAAACACUGGAGCAGCUCUGCACAGUCAUUUGGAGAAGAUAGAAAGGCUGAGCACCGUGAGGAAAGAUUUUCUCUCAUCUGUUAUCUUGCAGAGGAAGGGAGACAGGGUUUGCACCGCCACCAUUCCAAACUAAUUUCUAAGUUACAGUCACUAAUCACCUCAGUCUCAUUAACCAGGUUUUGUUGUAAGGACAAGAUCAUAUAAUUUAUUUUUCUUACUGUGUGAAAGGAUACAGGAAUCAGUGGGCCUAAUCCUUGCUCCAGAAACAUUUAACCGUUUGAUUGUGCGUGGAAAAUACAAAUAAAGCUGUAAAGCUGAUGAUCAAAAA